AUGAAGUGGUAUCAGGUGUGGAAAUUAGGCUUCGGCGAUAUGAAGGGUGUUACAGUUCCUCGCACAAGAGCAAGUCCAAGAAGACGCAUAUGGAUAUCAGUGGUUGUAAUAUUCAUCGCCAUCACUGUGCUAUGGGCUUAUCUUUACCCACCCCAGGAUUAUACCUAUCCUGUUAGGGACUGGUUUCCCUCAGAACCAACCCGGGAACUUACUGAUGCAGAGACUGCUGCACGUGUUGUCUUCAGACAGAUCCUCUCGACGCCUCCUUUCAUAUCAAGGAACCCAAAAAUUGCCUUUAUGUUCCUGACCCCAGGCAAACUUCCAUUCGAAAAAUUGUGGGAGUUGUUCUUUAAGGGACAUGAGGGGAGAUACACUAUAUAUGUUCAUGCUUCACGGGAGAAGCACGAACAUGUCAGUCCCAUAUUUGUUGGUCGAGACAUACACAGUGAGAAGGUAGGAUGGGGUAUGAUUACAAUGGUUGAUGCAGAGAGGAGGCUGUUGGCAAAAGCUCUAGAAGAUAUAGACAACCAGCAUUUUGUUUUGCUUUCAGACAGCUGUGUUCCUCUUCACAAUUUUGACUAUGUGUACGACUUCCUCAUGGGAUCAAGACACAGCUUUUUGGACUGUUUUCACGAUCCCGGGCCACAUGGAGUUUACAGAUACUCAAAGAAUAUGUUACCUGAGGUUCGGGAGUCAGAAUUCAGGAAAGGUUCUCAGUGGUUCUCAAUGAAGCGACAACAUGCAAUGGUGGUGAUUGCAGACAGUCUUUAUUACUCAAAAUUCAGGCUUUAUUGCAGGCCUGGAAUGGAAGAAGGUCGCAAUUGCUAUGCAGAUGAGCAUUAUCUACCGACACUAUUCCACAUGAUGGACCCUGCUGGCAUUGCUAACUGGUCAGUCACCUACGUUGAUUGGUCUGAAGGAAAGUGGCAUCCCAGAUCUUUCCGAGCUAAGGAUGUCACUUAUGAACGCCUGAAGAAUAUGACUUCAAUUGAUGUGAGCUACCACAUCACCAGUGAUGAGAAGGUCUCUUCCUCCCGUGCUAUCUGA